AUGCUUUUGCUGAACAUGGAUGCUUUUCUUUCCAUUCUUCUCGCUUUUGUGUUGAGCUUCCAUGUUCAUUUUGCUCAAGGAAGUGAACUGACCUCUUCCACAAGCAGUCCGAAAACAUAUAUUAUCCAUGUGAAUGGGCCACAGGAUAAGACACUCGCUCAAUUAGAUGAUUUAGAGAGCUGGUAUCAUUCAUUCUUGCCACCUACCAUCAUGAGCUCUGAGGAACAGCCACGAAUAAUUUAUUCCUAUCGGAACGUGAUGAGUGGUUUUUCUGCAAGACUCACUGAAGAAGAGCUGAGAGAAGUGCAAAAGAAGAAUGGCUUUAUCUCGGCUCGCCCCGAAAUGAUGCUACAUCGUCAAACCACACAUACCCCACAAGUUUUGGGGUUGCAGCAACAAACGGGAUUGUGGAAGGAAUCAAGCUUUGGAAAGGGAGUAAUUGUUGGGGUGCUGGAUUCUGGAAUCAUGCCUGACCAUCCUUCAUUCAAUGAUGCAGGAAUGCCACCACCACCACCGAGAUGGAAAGGAAGAUGUGAACUUGAAGUGACAGGUUGUAACAACAAACUAAUUGGAGCAAGGUCUUUCAACCUCGCAUUGAAGGUAAAGAGAGGAGCAGAGGCACCUAUUGAUGAGGAUGGACAUGGGACUCACACAGCAAGCACAGCUGCUGGUGCUUUUGUUGAUUAUGCAGAAGUACUAGGAAAUGCCAAAGGCACAGCAGCAGGGAUUGCCCCUCAUGCUCACCUGGCAAUUUAUAGAGUAUGUUUUGGAGCAAACUGCCCUGAGAGUGAUAUAUUGGCUGCAUUGGAUGCAGCUGUGGACGAUGGCGUGGAUGUAAUAUCAAUAUCCCUUGGUCUACGUAAGGCACCUCCUUUUUUCUAUGAUAGCACUGCAAUAGGCACAUUUGCGGCAAUGCAGAAGGGAAUCUUUGUAAGUUGUGCAGCAGGUAACUCUGGCCCCUUCCCUGGCUCCUUAGUUAAUGGAGCCCCUUGGAUUCUCACAGUUGGAGCAAGCAAUGUUGACAGAAGCAUUGUAGCAACAGCCAAGCUAGGAAACGGGCAAGAAUUUGAUGGUGAAUCUGUUUUCCAGCCUUCAAAUUUUACUCCAACACUGCUACCCUUGGCAUAUGCUGGAAAUAAUGGCAAACAUGAAGCUGCACUUUGUUCUGAAGGAUCCCUGAAUGAUACUGAUUUCAGCGGCAAGAUUGUUUUGUGUGAGAGAGGAGGGGAUACGGGAAGAAUUGGCAAAGGAAAGGAAGUAAAAAGAGUUGGUGGUGCAGCCAUGAUUGUCAUGAAUGAUGAAAGCAGUGGCUUCAGUCUCUUAGCUGAUGUACAUGUUCUACCUGCGACUCAUGUAAGCUAUGAUGCUGGACUUAAGAUUAAAGCCUAUAUAAAUUCCACUGCAACGCCUACAGCCACCAUUUUAUUCAAGGGAACUGUAAUUGGAAACUCCCUAUCUCCUGCCGUUUCAUCCUUCUCUUCAAGAGGUCCCAACAUGGCCAGUCCUGGAAUAUUGAAACCAGACAUCAUAGGACCAGGUGUGAACAUACUAGCUGCAUGGCCAUUCCCCUUGAAUGACAAUAACAAUUCAAAAUCUACUUUCAACAUUAUUUCUGGCACAUCAAUGUCAUGCCCACAUCUUAGUGGUGUAGCUGCUUUGCUGAAAAGCUCUCAUCCUCACUGGUCACCAGCUGCCAUAAAAUCUGCCAUAAUGACUUCUGCAGACAUAAUCAAUUUUGAACAGAAACUCAUUGUUGAUGAAACACUUCAACCUGCAGAUCCCUUUGCAACAGGUUCUGGGCACGUGAAUCCAUCCAGAGCAAAUGACCCUGGGUUAGUUUAUGAUAUCAAGCCUGAUGAUUAUGUACCUUAUCUGUGUGGUUUAGGCUACAGCGACACGGAGGUUGGGAUCAUUGCACACAAAACAAUUAAGUGCUCUGAGACUUCAAGCAUUCCCGAAGGAGAGCUCAACUAUCCCUCAUUUUCAGUUGUUCUUGGUUUCCCGCAGACAUUCACAAGGACUGUAACAAAUGUAGGUGAGGGCAACUCAUCUUAUGAAGUCAUUGUUAAGGCCCCAGAAGGGGUCAAUGUGAAGGUCCAACCAAAUAAACUUUACUUUUCAGAAAAAGAACAGAAAGAGACAUAUUCAGUUUCGUUCAGGCGUAUAGAGUCAGGCAAUGAAACUGCGGAAUAUGCUCAAGGGUUUUUACAAUGGGUCUCUGCUAAACACACUGUAAGGAGUCCAAUUUUAGUCAUCUUUGCAUAA